GCCGCUGCCCGCGGCCCAGCCUCCCGCGAGUCUGUGGCUGGAGCUCGGACCCGCCUGCAUGAGGACGCAGCAAUGCCCCAGCAAGUCGAGCGGGCAGACGAGCGGCGACCUCGGCACUAGCAGCAGCAGCGGCGGCGGCAGCAGCGCGGGCUUGUCCCCGGGCUCCGACUCGGACAGCAGCGGCGUAGUGUGCGGCGGCCGCGGCGGCAUGCGGGGCGCCCUGUCGCGCUCCUGGAGCCUGGAGAGCCUGCGCUCGGCCACCGCCGCCAUCCCUAAUGGAGCUCUGGACAUGACCAUCUGUGCUGAUGAGACAGGGAGUGAGGAGGACCUGUAUGAGGACGUGCACAGCUCCAGCCACCACUACAGCCACUCUGGAGGGGGCGGAGAGCAGCUGGCCAUCAACGAGCUCAUCAGCGAUGGCAGUGUGGUGUGUGCUGAAGCACUCUGGGACCAUGUCACCAUGGAUGACCAGGAAUUGGGCUUCAAAGCUGGGGAUGUCAUCGAAGUAAUGGAUGCCACCAACAGAGAGUGGUGGUGGGGCCGUGUCGCUGAUGGCGAGGGCUGGUUUCCAGCCAGCUUCGUGCGGCUGCGGGUGAACCAGGAUGAGCCCUCCAACAAGGAGGCCGGGGAUGGCGGGGCAGAGGACGGCGGGGCGGAGGCACAGAGCAGCAGGGACCAGAUGCGCACCAAUGUCAUCAACGAGAUCCUCAGCACCGAAAGGGACUACAUCAAGCACCUGCGCGACGUCUGCGAGGGCUACAUCAGGCAGUGUCACAAGCGCGCCGACAUGUUCAGCGAGGAGCAGCUGCGCACCAUCUUCGGGAACAUCCAGGACAUCUACCGGUGCCAGAAGGCCUUCGUGACGGCGCUGGAGCGGAAGUUCAACAGGGAGCGACCCCACCUGAGCGAGCUGGGCGCCUGCUUCCUGGAGCACCAAGCCAACUUCCAGAUCUACUCGGAGUAUUGCAACAACUACCCCAACGCCUGCGUGGAGCUCUCCAGGCUCAGCAAGCUCAGCAAGUACCUGUACUUCUUCGAGGCAUGCCGGCUGCUGCAGAAGAUGAUAGACAUCUCCCUAGACGGCUUCCUGCUGACUCCCGUGCAGAAGAUCUGCAAGUACCCUCUGCAGCUGGCUGAGCUGCUCAAGUACACGCACCCCCAACAUAGGGAUUUCAAGGAUGUGGAAGCUGCCUUACAUGCCAUGAAGAAUGUGGCCCGGCUCAUCAACGAACGGAAACGGAGACUUGAGAACAUUGACAAGAUCGCUCAGUGGCAGAGCUCCAUCGAGGACUGGGAGGGGGAAGAUCUCCUGGUCAGGAGCUCAGAACUCAUCUACUCGGGGGAGCUGACUCGUGUUACACAGCCACAAGCCAAGAGCCAGCAGAGGAUGUUUUUUCUCUUUGACCACCAGCUCAUCUACUGUAAGAAGGACCUUCUCCGCCGGGAUGUGCUGUACUACAAGGGCCGAGUAGACAUGGACGGCCUGGAGGUACUGGACCUAGAGGACAGGAAGCACAGAGACCUCCCUGUGAGCAUCAGGAAUGCCUUCCUGCUGCAGUGUGGCACCACGGGGGAGAGCCACCUGCUGUGUGCCCGGAAGCCCGAGCAGAAGCAGCGCUGGCUCAAGGCCUUUGCCAGGGAGAAGGAGCAGGUGCGGCUGGACCAGGAGACAGGCUUCUUCAUUACUGAGCUGCAGAGGAAGCAGGCAAUGCUGAAUGCCAGCAGACGGCAGGCAGCUUGGAAGCCCAAAGCCUUUGGCCGGCCGUACUACCUGACGCGCCAGAAGCACCCGGGACUGCCUGCCAGCCUGCCCCAGCAACAGGUCUUGGUGCUGGCAGAGCCCAAGCGGACGCCAUCCGCCUUCUGGCACAGCAUCAGCCGGCUGGCACCCUUCCGCAAAUGAACCCACACCCCCAACAGCACAUCUGGACCUGCCCUGCCAGUGCGCCUCCAGCUGCCCUCCCCAAGACGCACCCACAGCAACUGGCCCUUCUCUGCCUAUCCUGCAAACUGGAAGUGAGCAGCGCUGAGCAAGGGAGGGGCUCGCUGGCAGCAGUAUAUGCCAGUUUCUGCAGCCCUGCAUGUGGCUCUUCCCCACUACUGGUACACUGAAGACACCGAAUGGACAGGUGGGAGCCCCACAGCACAGGGACCUUUCCACAACCCUCUCUGGACCUCCUGGGAGCCACAGCUCAGAAACACCAGCCAGAUGCAUGUGUGUGAGCAGACCGGCCACUUGAGACCGUCUUCUGUGGACAUCAUCCCUCCAUCUCCUCCUCCUCCUCCUCUCUGGGCAGGAGGCUGACUGCUUUCCACCAUUUGGAAAGCCGGGCUGUGUGCCCCUCUACACUCCAAUUCUCCUUGCAGGCCAACUGAUAGUGGCAGCUGGCAUACCUAGAGGGUGGGAACCAGGAAUUCUGUGUACAAUAUCUAGCCCCCGAGGCCCCCGUUUUACCUCCUAGUCCCUCUCUAGACACUCCUGGCUGCUGGACACCUUUACUUGUGAUGUGUUUAUAGUGGAAAGAAAGAACAUAAUCAGCUGCAUACUUCCAUCAGGGUUUGUGACCAGGCUACAUGUAGCUGUGUUGACUCCAGAACCUGCUUCCAGUUUUUUGUUCGGAUUUUGUUUUUCUAACAAUGGAGAAAAAUAAUUGUUGGUGAUACAGGAAGAUUGCCUUACCCUAAAUGGAUGUGAGAAGCCAUAAGGACUGAGUUCUGGCCCAGCACCCAGGACUGACCCAGAAGGCCACUAGGCAUGUGGGCUGGAGGGAAGCCCACACCCUCCAGGAGGGGGCGCCUGUGAGUGCAGCCUGGGCCUGGCUUGUGGGUGUGGAACAGAGCAGGAAUUCAGCAGCACGUAGUCACUUGUGCACUAUUACCUUCUCUAUGCCAGAAAACUACAUUUAAUUUCAUAAAGAAACAUGAAAAAUAACCUGAUUGCCAGCCCAUUUUCUGUUGGUGUCUACAUUUUCUUCUCUGUAUGCC